AUGUCGAUCAUCGUAUCUAUCGGCCCACUUCCGUCCCACACAGAGCUGUUCGUUGUACUUGCCGAGAUACAUGGUUUACACAAGCAUGAGAUGGUCGACAUCUACACACCGCCUGGAGAGUGCUUAGUCGCCCGGGUAGUUUUUAAAACACACGAGGUCGCAAAGAAGUUCGCCGACGAUUUCGACAACUAUCGCUUGGUUGUUGGCAAGUUUGAAGGCCAGAAGAUUGGCGUUCAUCUACGUGACGAGCCCGAGGCUGAACUCCUCGAAGGCUUUACGAAUCGCCUAUCCGAUCUCCUUCACGCCCGCGACAACCAGAUCCCGUCGCGAACCGUCGAGAUCACGGGAUUUCCUAGAAACCACACUUUAAGCAAUCUACGCCAGCUUCUGGAACCCAUAUGGGAAGACAACGAUCUAAUUGAGGCAGAAAACGUUUCAAUCCUUCUACAAGGUGGUGAACUCGACCCUAAUGACUAUCACUAUAACGAGCCACUUGGAAUCACUCACGUCAGAUCUCCACGACCAGGAGUUGGACUCGUACAGCUCAAGGAUCUCAGUACGGCACUCCAUAUUGUGCGUCUGUUCGCUGGUACAUACUGGAAGAGGGCUACGUUAAACGCUCGGUUGGUCCCAGAUGAAGAGAUUGAAGACUUGCUCAUCAAAAGGUCAAGCCAGGAAGAUGGGGCGCUCUUCGGGAAGGAUGUGAUGCUCUUCGUUACGGGUAUAGAGGCCGGCACUUCACCGAAAGAAGUUCAAGAGAUCUUUAAGGAAUUUCCCAUCCGUGAUAUCAAUAUGCCACCAGGCGGCAAAACCUUCUGCUUCGUCUUCUUUAAGCAACCAGAGGCAAACGCAGUUCUUGCGCGAUUUGGGAAUGGUGUUCAGUGGAAGGGUCGCACUAUUCGAGUGAGCAUAUCGGAUAAAGAAAAGAAGAACAAGAACAAGAACAAGUCCGCCCUUAGUGCGGUAAGCGCGACGCCUGCUGCACUCCCGCAAGACAUGACAGAUCUAAAGCUGAACAACCUGCCACAUGGUGUUGCGGACUCGAGCGUCCACAUCAUCUUUGUAGGUUUUACGGUUUCAAAGGUCACCAUCAAGCAGGGCUACGCCUUCGUUGGUAUUGCGACAAGCGAGGUUGGUCGCGCGAUCGACGAAUUGAGCGGGAAGAUGGUUGGUGGCCGGAAGAUUUCUGUGAAGGUCUCCCAACGCAACAAGCAGCGAAUGCUCACAUCUCCGCAACCAUUCUUCACGAUAAAUACGCAGAUAUGCUUCGCCUUCACGACAAGCGACACCUCAUCCCACGAAACGAUAGUCGGGACGCUGAAUAAUGGGCUCGCAAGAUUAUCUGCGGCCUUCCCGUGGCUAGCAUGCGAUGUCGUUAACGAGGGCUCAGGGAACGGUAGCACAGGCGUAUACAAGUUCAAGGCGUCAGCAGGCGCGCCCACUCUCAUCGUGAAGGAUUUCAGUCGCGAUACCUCAGCACCAACAAUGGACAGUUUCAUGCGUGCUGGGUUUCCGAUAUCCAUGCUAGAUGAAGAGAUGGUCGCACCUCGCAAGACCUUCACAGACCAGACACACUCGAAAUCAGCACCGGCUUUCCUUAUUCAAGCCACUUUCACUCCCGGGGGCCUCCUGCUGACGUUUCUCGCACAACACAAUACCAUGGAUAUGACCGGUCAAGCCCACAUGAUACGCCUCUUUUCCAAGGCUUGCUGCGGUGCCCAGUUCACAAGCGACGAACUUUUCCAUGGCAAUAUCGAGCGACACAAUAUCGUCCCCUUGCUGGAAGAUUCAUAUAUCCUCGGUCCAGAGCUCGAUCGCCAUAUUGUAAAGUCCAGUACAGAGAGUUCGGCUUCAGAUCAAAUGUCAUCACCACGGUCGAACUACUUGUGGGCUUACUUCGGUUUCUCUUCCAGGUCACUUGCAGCCCUCAAAUCGACUGCGACGGAGUCAGUGACCGCCCCCGCGUACAUAUCUACCGAUGAUGCCCUGACUGCCUUAAUCUGGCAAUCUGUUCAACGAGCUCGUCUACCACGUCUUCAGCCCGCUGCUAGAUCGUCCAUAGCCCGUGCCGUUGAUGCACGAUCGGUACUUAACAUCUCGCCUUUGUACCCGGGGCCGAUACAAGACAGCGCAUACACUACGAUCUCGCUUGAAACAUUGGUAUCAAGGCCCUUGGGAACUAUCGCUCUGCACCUCCGAUCAGCGCUGGAUCCUACAUCAGUUGAGUUUCAUGCUCGCGCUGUUGCGACUUUCCUCACCCGUACAUCAAAUAAGGCCAUCUUCUCUUCCACGGCCGACUUUGACAUGUCGAAAGACUUGAUACUCAGUUCAUGGUCAAAGGUACAGACUUCCGAUCUGGAUUUCGGCCUUGGGCUAGGCAGACCCAAAGCCGUUCGGAGGCCGCGUUUCAAGGCAUUAGAAGGGCUGGUUUUCCUUAUGCCGAAGUCGCUGGAAGAGGAUGUGGCGGCCGCGAUAUGCUUAAGAGAAGAAGAUAUGAACCGGCUAAAAACAGACGCUUACUUCGGUAAAUAUGCACAGUACAUAGGAUGA